UCACGAGGGACACAGCGGAUCAUCGAUCACGGAAAGAGCCGAAGAUGUCGGCUCGGUCAUGUGAUCAGCCGUGUACAAUCACAGCUGAUCACAUGGGGCAUGUACAUUGAUCAUCAGGGCACUGAUGAUCAGUGUGCCCUGAUGAUCAGUGUAGCCCCAGCAGCACCCACCUGUCAGUGCCUUGUGCCAUCAGUGCCUUGUGUCAGUGCUCAUCAGUGCCUCGUGCCAGUGCCCAUCAGUGCCACACAUCAGUGCCUACCAGUGCCGAUCUGAGCUGCCUUUCAGUGUCACCCAUCAAUGCCAAUCAGUGCCACCUAUCAGUGCUGCCAAUCAGUGCCACCUAUCAGUGCCAGUCAGUGCCGCCUAUCAGUGCCAGUCAGUG